AUGAGCAAGGCUGCCGUCCGCAUCAAGCGCUUCGACGAGGUGGACUCGGAUAGCGACUUUGAGUUUCGAGAUGAAUCAUUAUCCGUGAAGGCGAUGCCGACGGUGAGCUUCAAGACGGCCACAGCAACCAACGACUCCGAUAGCAUCUCGUUCCAGUCUGACCACGACCAUUCGCAGCACUUGGAGAACGUCGCUGCGCCGGCCACCAUUCGUCAAGAGGAAUUACCGAUACCAACAGUACAUCCCACAAAGUCACUGGCGUCAGCACUGAAGCAGGCGUCCUCCGUGGCCGCUGCGAAGCGGACUCCACCAGCGUCGCCGACGCCGGUGUCGGUCCUCAACGCCAAGCCAGGGGCCACAGAACAACCACCGCUGCAGCAGCACUCAUCUGCACCGCCAGCAUCCGUGCCGGAGCACAAGAGGUCAGCCGCGGCGCCUGCGGCAGCGCUAGCAGUCCCAGCCGCCUCGACACCCAUUGAGCGUCCCUCGUACGCCUCCCUGCCAUCGCAGCCCACCCCGCUGGCCAAGCCGACCGAGGACUCCGUUCCGUCCCCGUCAGUGAUUCCAUUCUGCGUGACAGCGCACGCGUCGCCUGUGGACCCUGCACGGAGCCACGAUGAUGACAACGAAGACCAAGCCAGCGACGAGUUUGUGCAACACGUACUGCCGCUCCCCCCGCGCCAGGCAGCAGCAAGGCAGCCACCUCCGACCUCCAGCACAUCGCAAGUGUGGGCAAACGGCACUAACGGCAUUGCCGACGCCUCACGGCUGCGGCCGUGUGCAGCGGACAACGCGACGGAGGAGCUCCUCGUCCGGGCGCAGCUGCGACUGGAGGAGCGUCGCCGCAUGGGCAUGGCAAGUCAGCGAGGAAGCCGCCAGCUCAGCCCGUGGCGUAGCGCUGCUCCAAGCCUCGUAAACACGCUGUUCCACGAGCGCCUGCCGCAACCGUCGGUGAAUCACAUCUCGCCCACCCGGUCCGUUGACCUCCGCAUACGGCGGCUGCAGCAGGAAAACGCGCGCCUGCAAGACGAGGUUGCCUUCCUCGGGCGAGAGAAUCAAAAACUCCGCGGCGUUCAACGUAGUGCCGACGCCUCAGAGGCAGUGCGGCUGCAACUCACCGUUGACAUGCUGCGCAAGGAGCUAGAGAGCAAGCAGCUUGGUUUCCAGCGCACACUGGACGCAGCCUUUGCGGAGCUCAAGGAGGCACAGCGGCAGAUAGAGGAGGCUGCAGAACAGUGCGAGGGCUACCAGUCCGCUGCGGACCAAUACAAGCAGCUCUACAGCGACAAGCAAAAGGAGAUGGAAAAGGUGAAGACGCAGCUGCAGUCGCUCCUCUACGACGUCAACGCGAUGGAGCAGCACCAACGCUCCAUGGAGUCCGAGUGCGCGAAUAAGGUGGCCAGCGAACGGGAGAAGGCGGAGAGGGCAGUAGCGCUGGCGGAGGAGGUUAAGCGGCAGCGUGACCACCUGCAGUUUCUCAACACACAGCUUCGAAAUGAGGUGUCGGCAGCGGUGGAAGCGAAACGCCAGGCUGUUGAUCAGGCGACCGGCACGAAGGAAACCGCUCGCCGCGACCGGGCUGAUCACGAGCAGCGCAUACAACAGCUCAAUGAAGACGUUGCGCAGCUUAGGAAGGCGCUGGCUGACAAGGGACGUGCCCAUGAGGUUCAGCUGCGUGAGGCACAGCAGGCGCAGGCAGUGCUGCAGGACCGACUGAAGGACCAGGCCGAGGACCAACAGCGCGAGGCGGAGCGUAACCGCCGCACGCUGGAGGCAACCAAGGAGGACCACAAGCGCGCGCUGCAGCAGGAGAGGAUGCGGCGUGUCGAGGUGGAGGAGCGGCUGCGGCGGAUGGAGGAAGAAGGACGUUCCACGCAGUCCCGCUACACAGCCUCUCUCAGCGCCGAGGCGGAGAGCCGCGUGCGCAAGCUACGCGACGAAAUGCAGGCGGAACGCCUUGCCAGAGAGGCGGCGGAACACGAGGCGGCGCGACUCGCCACUGAGGUGGAGCAGCUGCGCGACUCGGUCACAUACUACCAGCAGGAGAGUCAGCGUAUGUCAACGAACUUGGCGCAGUCGGAGCAGCUGCGCGAAAAGACGGAGCAGCAGUGUGCGUCGCUGACACACACGCUGGAGGAUAUGAUGGCGCAAGAGGAGGCUCAUGCGCGGGAAAUUGAGCAGCUGCAGGAGGCCAUCAGGACAGGGGCACAGUGGGGCUCUGGUGUCGCUGCUGGUCGCGGCCCUGAUACGGACGGCAUCGUCAGUGACUUGCAGCAGCUCUCUGACGAAAACGAGCGCCUCACCAGGGAGUGUACGCGGCUUGCGGAUGAGCGGAACACGCUGAUUGACGAGAACGGCCGCAUCGCGGAGGAGCUGCUCAAGUGGAAGCACGAAAUGCGGCAGUACGUGGCAUCGCACCUGCGCACCACCUCCUCGCAGCGUGGGCCAUUGAAUUCAGUCCCGGCAUCAUGA